CGACGCGAGUUACCGCGUCGUCCCCGAGUUGUCUCUAAAAAGUUUGAAAGCUAAGUUUCUCCUGCGUGACGCGGCCGGGAGAGCCCUCGCUCGCGCGGGGGCCGAUGCGCUCGACAGGUGGCGUCGUUGUCGGGGAUAACGGCAAACUACCGUUGUCCCUGGUGGAACGAUACUCGAGAAUGGACGUUGACGACGGGAGGAACGACAUUCAAGAACUGGCACAGAUCAUUCGACAAUUGCAGCGAGAGCCCUACCCUAAGAUUGAUGUCCCGUUGUUUGAUGGGAAUCAUGCCUCUUCUUGGGCAGACAAGUUUGAGCAACUGGGGUAUAGCAACGAAUGGACGGAUGAGAAAAUGCUUCGCAUGGUUAAGAGGUAUUGUCAGGUGGAGUACCGAGAUGAGAUCGAUGAGCUGGUGCGAAUCUCCCGUAAUUGGCCAGAUUUUAAGGCGCGGUUGCUGGAGAACUACCAGCUCAACGAUCGGUUACUCGACAUGCAAGAUUUGAGGGCGGUGGAUCGUAAGAAGUUUGGUACUACCAAACAAUUCUUAUCGGAGUUCGAGCGUGUUGCUCGCCUAAUCCCGGAUUUAUCCGAUAAAGAUCACUGCCUCAUCUUCCUUGAUAACUUCAACGACGUCGGACAGUCGAAGUUGGUUGAAGGGAUGCAAGGGAGGUAUGACUGGACUAAGGUCCGACAAAAUGCGCUAGUGGGGAAGUUCGACGAUAUCCUUUACCGGCUGUUGAGGCAACAAAAGGAGGAACGGAAGAAGGUGAAGCUGGGAGAGGUAAAAGACGGUGAGAUCUACAAAACUUUGACCUGCAUGAGAGAAAUGAUGGAAGGCAUGAAAGAGGAAAGACUGAAGUUUCAAGUCAUGCUGGCCAAAGAGAAAAAUAGUAAGAGGAAGGGGAAAGAGCCGGUGGUAGAAGAAAAUGACAGUGAGAGCGAAGAGGAAAAGGAGCCGCCUCGCAAGCCUGUGCUAAAGAGGAGUGCCCCGACUGUAGCCGUUCAGACUCGGGUGCAGCGACGAAACGAGCAGCUUCAGAAGGAAAGAGAGUCUGAAAAGGAAGUGGAAGAAGAGCCUAUCCCCAUUAGUGAGAACGAUGAGGAUAACGAGGAUGAGAAGUUGCGGACCGAAGAGGAAGAACGGGCUCGUCAUCGUGCACUAGAAAGGGAGACGGAGAAAGAGAAGGUCGAGGCAAGCGAGGAAGAGCCGCGAAAGAAGAAGAAUAUUUACUCGAUCCCCGUGGAGCAGGGGGUCGAUAUCGAGCGACUCGUUAUUAAGAUUUUGGAAAGUCAACGCGACUUGCUCACGCUGAAGGAAAUUUUGGCGGUAUCGCCGAAGAUUCGAGAAGAGUUUAAACAGCGGAUGACUCGCAAGAGAGUCAUGACUGUUAAGCUUGGCGAAGUCAUUCCGCCGGAGGCUAACUGGUCCCCGCCUGGGACGAAGAUGGAUUGGCGAAGUGUGUCGACCGACCAUAUGAAGGUCCAGAUUGGACAACAAAAGUACUCGACACUUGUGGAUGAUGGAGCUGAGAUGAACAUCAUUCGUGAGCCCCAUGCCAUCGAAGCUGGAUUGAAGAUCAACCGAGAUGAUUAUGGGUUUUUGGUGGGAGCUAGCGGAUCGACCCCAUUCUGCGGGACAGUCAGUGGCGUUCUCGUCACGGUCGUUAAGGUGAAAGUCCGCUCUUAUUUCUACGUGUUACCUAGAGUGGAACACGAGGUGCUUCUGGGAAGGGCAUUCCUAUAUCGAUCGGAGAGCAUCAUCAUUACCAAGCAUGAUGGAACCAUGUUUGUGAUCCUUUGCAAUCUUGUCUGCGGUUAUUACGAAGUGGUCAAGUGUGCGAACACUGGACCCUUUUGCUCGCGGAACCGGCUGAACCCGGAAUCCUAUACCUUCCCAGAGUCAGAAAAGUUGAGGAGGGAGAUGAAAUCGUUAGGGGAGGAGUCGAAUCCUCGUGAGUUCUCGCUGACACUGCCUGAUAUUGGGCAGACGAUCGAUUUUGUGUUGACACAUGCGGCGAUCGAUCCAAAUGUGGUGCAAGCCUUGACGGAGAUCAUCACGGACACUGGAAGCGCAGGAACUAUGCGCCUUGUUUACUCCCCAUCGGACGGGGAUAAGGGAGAAGGUCAGGAAUUGCCCUCCACUCGACAGGGUCCUUUUUUAGAGGACGCAGGCUUGACACCGGCGCCAAACGCGGAUCAGGCGGAAGAAUCAAUUCUGGUCGAUGCCUUUCUGAAGGAAGAGGAGUCGCGAUUGAGUAUUAACACUCUUGCCUACCUUACUGAUGCAGCCACUCGGCAUGGGAAAUCGAUAUGGAAUGCUCCUGCCUUUCACGAGGCUGAUGACGCUUUCCAGAUCGUUGGAAGGAUGUCAUAUAUCAUGAAUUUGUUGAUUUACGAGGAUCGUCUGAGGUUAAUGAAUGCGGAGGAAGAAGGCAGUGAGGUCAAAGAAGCAUUUAAGGAAAAGGAGUACGAAGGGGAAUAUAAGAAAAUAGGCAUGUGGUUGAAUGGGGAAUUGGGCGAAAACGAGGUUGAUCUGGUUGUGCGGGAGAAGAACAAAGGAUUUGAUGUUCGUGAUGGUCAUCUCUUUAAGAGAGUUGUUGAUGGUGUCCACAAGAGGGUGGUAUGCGGAACCUCUCGACAGUUGGAUGUGAUCACUGCCUUGCAUGACGGGGUAGCCGGCGGGCAUAGGUCUGCGCGGGUAACUCUGAACAAGAUCCAACGUCUCUAUUUCUGGGAAGGAAUGAGCAAGAUGGUGAUUGACUUUUGUAAGUCUUGUUUCCCUUGCCAACAGAGGUCUAACAUCCGCUACCUCGAGCCCCUAAAUCCACAGUAUGUGGCAGAACCGGGCGCGUUGAUGCAUUUGGAUCUCCUGGUAAUGUCGCCUGGGAUAAAUGGGUACAGUUAUAUCUUCGAUGCUAGGGACAAUUUGAUUGGGUUCGUUGAUGGUCGUGCCAUUCGCGAACGUACUGGGUCAGUCUUGGCGGAUUGCAUGGAGGAAUAUUACCUUCGUUAUCCAUUUAUUCAAGAGAUUGUUAUGGAUCGAGGAGGCGAGUUUCGGGCAAAGGAGGUGCAAACGCUUUUGAAAAGGCUUGGGGAUGUUACCAUCUUUCCGCUCGAGGAGAAUGGCUACACUAUCGUCGAAAGGGAGGAAGGUGGUAAUAUGUUUGUAGGAACCUUGCUUGUGAGGGUGGCGAUUACUGCUCGCCGUGAGGGAAAGAUUGAUCACCUUUUGUUUUGUGGCGAACGGGGUCGCCUCGACUUUAUAGCCGAGCCUGAUCAGCUUAGGUCGUAAGGGAGGGGUAGUUCAACCUUGUAGGUAGGGUACUAACGAAUGUAUGACACUGGAAUCGGAGGGAAAGUGGUGAGGCUCGGGUCUAAAGCGGGGCUUGACGUCGAGAUGUUCUCCUUUAUGGAUUACACCACUCCUCGACGCAUUCACAAGAUAUGAAUGAGAUAAAUCGUGCAUGACAAU